ACUCAACGUAAAGUUAUUCAGUGUGAUUCGUCAGAAAACAUGCUUCGUUUUACAGUGUUGGCUAUUGUAUUGACUACCGUGUUGGCUGACAGUGAGGACUAUAGGAAAAAAUGUAUGAGGCUGUUUCAUCCGGGAUCUAUGCAUUGCUGUAAAAGCGAAAUGCCGCCAAUGAAUUUCGACAUAGGAGAACUGAAAGAAUGCUUUAAGAUUCCACACGCUCACCAUUCUUGCGACCAUGAUAUUUGCAUUGCGAAGAAACGCGGGUUCGCCUCCGACGACGGUACAGUCGACAUGGACGCAUGGGAGAAGCUUAUUACGGAAGACUUUAAAAGUUCUCCUACGUUGAUAGAAGCCAUCAAAGAGGACUGUAUCAAGGGUGACAUCAGUAAAUACGGACCACCUGAUGCUUGCCAGCUGUCCAAAUUGAAGAUGUGUCUGCAUAGGGCUAUGGUCCUCGAUUGCAAGGAAUGGGAUGACAAUGGCCCUUGUACUGGCAUCAAGGACCUGGUCAUGGAGUGCGCCAAGAUGGAUGAAUAAACACUGAUUUACCUAAUUACUAAUAGUGCUCUACUCGUAAUGAUUAUUUUUGCAAACGGUAUGCUACUUAUAUAAAUAAAUAUUUUUUCUCGCUGCGAAACAUUU